GUGAUGUCUAUAACAAUUCGAUUUUCAAUCGGGGUGUCGUUAUUGACUUUGUAGCAAUUCAUUUGUGUCGGUUGGUUACCUGGCCAUUCCAAUAAAGCGUCACUUUCCACAACCAACUCGUGCCUCCUCAAUCCUUGCAAAUCUUAACGUCAGCGUGAAAUGAUUAGUUCUCUUUAAAUAGCAAUCGAUUUUUAAGGUGACAAACCUUAGAGUGAUUUCACAGAAAUAAGUGCACUUUUCCGGAUCCACAAAAUACAAUAAUUAGCCAAAUGGCUUUGCUAUAUCGAACAUAUAAAGAACACCAGUCUAAGGAAACAUGUUGAAAAUAAGGAAGAUAAAUGACUUUCUGAUUAUGAAGUAUAUCAUUCAUACAUCAUAACCAUCGCAGGGAAUGCAUUCUGGGCCCGCCAUCUUUUGCUCGUGACAUUUUACUGUGCUCAAUUUCAUUAUGGAGAAAGCACAAAUUGAAGCAGCUAAAUCAGAAGCCAUUUCCACAGUCUCAUAUGUAAAUAGUACCAAUACUAAUGAACUAUCAAAAGAGAAAGAGGAUGAAUUAUUAUUUGGUGCAGACGAAGAUGGAGAUGAUGAAGAUGCACUGUCUGAUGACAGUUUACGCUUACGAUUAUCUGAUGAUGAGGAUAUUGAACAAGAAGAUAAUACAACAAAUCUGAUAAAAAUUUCAGAACUUAAAUCACAAAAUAAAAAAAAUGAACAGCUACCCAUAAAUAUAAUUGUAGAAAAUAAAAUUUGCUUAAACACCCAAGAGAUUGUAGAAGAAAUUACAAAGUCUGAUAGCAGAGAAUCAGCACCAACGCAGGAGAAACGUAAUUCAGUAAUUAAAAUUGCAGAAAGCUCAGCAUUGCCUUCAGAUGAAUGUGUAUCAAAAAACAAACGAAAAGGAAAUAACGUAUAUAACCCAGAAAAUAACAGUACAACUGUUAGUGAAUCUAAUAAAAAAUGCAUUGUCAAAUUUAAUAACGAUUUAGAAAUUGCUGAAAUAAACAAUUUCAGUUUAAAUGCAACAUCUAAACAUGUAAAAUUAGAAAAUGAUAAUUCAUCUACAAAUUAUCCAAGUAACAUAAAAAAUGAAGAAGUAACGAUAGACGAUGAAGAUGGUUUAAAAGAGGCGGUCAACGAUAAACCAAUAAAUUCCACAAAUAUUUUCACCGUUGUUUCUAACAGUAAUAAUAACAAUUUGAGUGACAUAAUAAAUAAAGUAAUAGACAAGGCUAUUACAGAUGAUAAACAUCACUCUACACAAAACUCACUCAAAAUUAAUGAUAGUCAAAAUUCUAUGGAUUUAGUUAAAUCUCAUAAUUUUGACAAUUUGCCAUCUACUAAAGAUUCUAUUGAUCAAGUAAAAAGCAAAAAUAAAAAUGAGGAACAUAAGAACAUAAAAAAGAGCAAAAAUUCAUUGAAUACGCAAUCUAUGCAAGAAGAAACAAUUACUAUAUUAGAAUCAGAUGAAAAUGAUUUGUCUAAUAUAAAAGAUAAAACAAGAAUAACAAAGAAAACGCGUGAUAUUAAUGAACAUAUAAACCAAUUUGUAGAUAAAGUUUAUACAUCUUCAUUACAAACUAUUUUACUGGCAUCUAUUGAUGUGGAAGAAUCUAAUAAUGAGAGCGAAACUAAAAAUGAUUAUCCAACUGUUCCAAAAACGAAACGAACAAAAAAAACAAGCAAUAAAGUACAAGAUGAGGUUAUUGAAGAACCUAAACAAGAAGCAAAGACGGAGAGCGGACGAUAUAAACGGAAAACUGCUAGAAAUGCGGAAGAGAUUAUUAGAAAAAAAUAUUUGAAUAGUGACAGCGAUUCCAGUGAUAGUGCAGAAGAAAUUGUGACAACAAAUCUCAAAUUAAAUCAAAACAUACGUCUUACAUCACCUCCUCCGUUACGUAUAAUAAAACGUAAUUCGGAUAAUGAAAUUUUUAAUGGUAAUCUAAAGAAAUUUAAAACGAGUUCAAAAUCCGAGGAAAAGAAUGAUAUCACAAAACUAGCUUUUGUUGAGAAAUUUUUCCAACGCGAUGUUAAAGAAAAAUUACUGAAACUUACGCAAGAGGAAUUGGAAGAACUUCUGAUUCAAAAGAUUGUUGAAACAAUCACGAUGCGUAGUGAAAUCGGACAACUUAGAGAACAAGCUCGCAUAUCGGAAAAGAAUCAAGAAGCAAUGCGUGGAAAAUUGCAACAAUUAACAAAACAAGUGAAGGAUUUCGAAAUGGUUCUAAAUCGUAAUGCAGCAGACCGGCGUGCGAAUGCUGAUAAGCUGGUUGCGCCUAUAAAAAUAAAUAGAUCCGUAGGCUUACAAGUCAAUUUUAUAACGGAACAGGGAAUACAGAGCUUACGACAGAUACAACAAACACAUGUCAAGCCUACGAACGUUCCAAGCACUAUUAGUUCUCCAGCUCCUGAGUCAAAUAAUAAUAAUACAACAAGUCCAAGACGCGGUGGAAUUAAGACAAGAUCGCCUCGGCCUGUAGUGACUACACCUACCACUCCUACAGUUUCACAAAGCCCGAUACAAACGGCACCUCUUAUUUCCACUGUGACACCGGCAGCUUUAGUUGUUGCGAAACCUUUGGAAGCCUCACACACGUUGACACUGCCCAAUCAACCUACUGGUGUUCAGCCAAUUUUACCUACCCCACAGAUUCAGCCUCAAUCACAUCAGACUAUUCUCCUAAAUGGUAAAAUACAAAAUCAAGUAAAUCGUCCACAAUCGAUAGUUCCAAAGCCAAGAAAUAAUGAUCUUAUCGAUCUUACUGAUGAAGAAGAAAAAAAUAAAACAACAAAUGUGAAAGUUACAUCCGUAACUACAGCCUCUGUAUUGGAGCAGCAAAUGAACGUUACGUCGAAACCUGUACCAUCCUUCCAAAGGGUACUACAAACAAUACCGACAAAUGUUGCAAUUACGACGCAACAGGCUAGUAUAAGGGUGAUAGCACCUAACCAGCCAGCACCAACUGCCCUUGUAAAUAAUAUAAAUUCGCCCAGAUUGGCAUAUGUGAUGCAAAGUGGAAUGGGUUCACCGAGACCAGUAUUAAUAACAUCAAAUGCAAAUCAACAAGUGCAGAAUCAAUUACAGAUUCGACCAGUGACUACAUGUAGAGCACCGUUUUCAACUGUUACGUACCAAACAGGAGUCUCAUCAAUUGCGAAUGGUACGGUACGUGUAAUUACUACACCGGCUUUGUCAAAUAUACAGAUGAGCAAGCAUCCUGCACCAUUGCCAGAUACUCCAACUUACGGAAUAACACCCGGUUGGAAACUUCCACCGCCUGCUCCAUCGUUGAAGAUUGCAAAAGUCGCAAACGGAAAAGAUGGUAUAGUGCUAUCGUGGAACAUGAAUCUGUCAGAUAAAUAUGCAGAGAUAGCUAGUUAUCAAUUGUAUGCGUAUCAAGAAGUUCCCGGCGUGAAUCCUACCACAACACUAUGGAAAAAAGUUGGAGAUGUGCGAGCAUUGCCACUGCCUAUGGCGUGUACUUUGACUCAGUUUUCUGAGGGUAACAAUUAUUACUUUGCCGUCAGAGCGGUCGAUACACAUUCUAGAAAAGGACAGUACAGUAUACCGGGUAAUAUCUCUUUAUAGAAAAAUAAAAACAUCGAGAUCUCCAUUUUUUACUUUUACUAUUUAAUGCAUAAUUGUGAUACAAAUAGUUAGUAAUUUUAUAAUAACAUGGUAUUUUGUGUUGUACAUUUAAGUGGAUUUGAUUUGAUAGAUAAUACAAAUUGUCUUCUUUUAA